CCGCGCCAGCCGCGGGCCCAGAAUAGCAGCGCUGCCCCGCAGAUAGCAUGGAGCGGCUCCGUGGCCCCGCCGCGUCCCAGGUGGCGCUGCUGGAUGCUGUUGCAUGCCCUGAGGAGGAAGGGUUUCCGAAGGCUGUAUGCCCCAGGGAGGAGGAAGAGGAGGAGGAAGAAUACAGGAGACCUGUCACCUUCACACUGGGAAAUGAGAUACUGGGGCUGGGCCCAGAGACCGAGUUUCAGACCCCUGAUGCUGAGGUCUAUAUGCACUUCUUGAGGAGCCACUGCUGCUAUGAUGCCAUCCCCACCAGCUGCAAGCUCGUUGUCUUUGACAUCUCCCUGGAGAUCAAGAAAGCCUUUUUGGCACUGGUGGCCAACGGGGUUCGUGCUGCCCCGCUCUGGGACAGCAAGGCGCAGAGCUUUGUGGGGAUGCUCACCAUCACCGACUUCAUCAACAUCCUGCACCGCUACUACCGCUCACCUCUGGUGCAGAUCUACGAGGUGGAGGAGCACAAGAUUGAGACCUGGAGAGAGGUGUACCUGCAGGGCUCCCUCAAGCCACUGGUCUACAUCUCUCCGAGCAAUAGCCUCUUCGAUGCUGUCUACUCCCUGAUCAAGCACAAGAUCCACCGCCUGCCUGUCAUUGAGCCUGUCUCGGGCAAUGUCCUGCACAUCCUGACGCACAAGCGCAUCCUCAAGUUCCUCCACAUCUUUGUGAGUGCUGGGGCUCUUUGUGCACACUCAUGGCUGGUGUCACAGGCAAGGGUGUCAAGGUACAUGCAGGUGCCAGCCCAGCCCUGCCCUGUCCCAUUGAAGGCUUCUACCAUCCCCAAGCCACGCUUCCUGAAGAAAACAGUGCAGGAACUGUGCAUUGGCACCUUCCGUGAUCUGGCCGUCGUGGCUGAGACUGCCCCAGUCCACACUGCCCUGGAGAUUUUUGUGGAUCGCCGUGUCUCCGCCUUGCCUGUCAUCAAUGAUGCUGGGCAGGUGGUUGGCCUGUACUCGCGGUUUGAUGUCAUUCACCUGGCAGCCCAGAAGACCUACAACAACCUGGACAUCAGUGUGAGGGAGGCGCUGCGGCAGCGCAGCGUCUGCCUGGAGGGGGUCCUCACCUGCUACCCCCACGAACCCAUGGAGGACAUAAUUGACCGCAUUGCCAAGGAGCAGGUCCAUCGCCUGGUUCUGGUGGAUGAAAACCGCUACCCGCGGGGCAUCGUCUCCCUCUCUGACAUCCUGCAGGCCCUUGUGCUCACUCCUGCAGGCAUCAAUCGAUCCUCACUCUGAAGACACCAGGGAAAUGCCAAGUCUUGUCUGACUUGGGGAUCUCCUGCAUGACCUGUGAGAAGGAGGCUUGGGCCCAAAGGCUCUCUGUGGGGAGGACAUGCCUGUUCACCCCAGUCCUCGGGCUCGUCUUGAGUCCAGGGCUAGAUCCUGCCGGUCUUGGAGAGGCAGAGACACUGACAAUGGGACCCAGGGGUGCCUCCUGCCAGUGAGCACACAGCGAUGCUCAGUGGGCACUAUGCUGAGGGGCUGCAACAUGCUUGCAGCUGGGCAGAGCCCCAUACAGCCCCAGAAGACCUGGCCACCCUCUGCCAUCCUGCUGAUGGAUCUGAGUGUUUCUGUUGUGGCUCCCUCCUAGUGAACACAGUCCCGCUGUCUGUGCUCGGUGCCUGGUAGCGUAGGCUCAGCUGCACACACAGGCUUUUUUAUUUUAGGGUCACACGGGGCUGGAGCUCUCUGGCAGAGGCACAGCCCAUGCCAGAGCUGGCAGCGGGAUGGGCACUUGCAUGGAGACCCUGUGCACGUUUUGGGGUGGGCAGGGGAUAUUUAUUUAUUUGUUAGUCUGUUCAGCCUUGCUGUAACAAAACAGCCUGAUCGAAGAAUUGCCUCUUGCCUUUCUGGGGUAAAGCUGGGCAUGACUCCUCUGGAGGGAACCAGGCUGGGGAAGGGGUACUGGCUGUUUGCCAGCAAGUUUGGCACUGGCAGAGCAGUAACUCGGGGGUAGAACCGAGGGGAUGGGGACACAGGGCAUGCAGUCUUAAUCAUCUUGGUGGUGUGCAGGUCCCUCCCGGGACACACUGAGGGACAGAAGCUUUGGUAUCAGCAAGGUUUCUGCCUGCUGCUUCCCUCAGUCCAAGAAGCAGGAAAGUAUGAGGGGCUCACUGUUAAAAAUGUCCCAUGCCCCAUCCCUCGAGGCCUCUGGGCAAAAGGCAAUGUAUCCCGUGCCUGUGGCUGCUACCAGCUGUGAGCCUUGCAAUGGUCCUGGCUUGGGGGUAGGGGUUGCUGAGCUGAUCUUUCUUGUCCUGCUUUGCCUGCAGUGAGCCCUGCCAUUCCUGUUACCCCAUAUCAGCAUCUCAGCGCAAUAAAGGCUGACAUGGAAAGUCCCAGGAGCUCAA